GAGAGGUGGAGAGAAGAGGAGCAGAGAUCUCUGGAGCGGUAAUCUGGCUGGACAUAAAGGACUUUCAUAGAGAACGACCAGAGGUGGACAGUGUGCGAGGCCCUGCUCAUGGAUGAAGAUGAAGAUGAUGUUUUUGUGAUGGAUACACAAUAUUGGCGUUCCUCAAUCAGGGAGAUAAAGCAGGAGGAGCGUGGCACUCAGACUCCGGGGCGGCCGCCAGCUCGGCCCAACGGCAUGCUGCCCUGUGGAGUGUCUGAGGAGCCAAGACGCCUAUUCUACGGUAGCGCAGGAUUGCUACUACUAGCACCAUCUGUCCGUCCUGAACACGUUGAGGGUGCCAUGCUUCAGGAGGACCAGCUCGCCAUGGAACCUCGGAGACGGCCCCCACACAGUGUGGAGGCCCGUAUCGGUCAGAAGCUCCAGAUGAUCGGAGAUCAGUUCUAUCAAGAGCACAUGCUGCAACACAGAAACCAAAGGAACCAGCAGCCCUUUUGGUUGCGUUUGGCAUCAGCGUUGUACACGCUCCUGUUUGAGAGAGAGCCGGUGGCUAAUGGGAGGAGAGUGGACCAGAGGUGAGAUGGCCACCUUGAAAGAACUAACAACUGCCACCUUCGUCCUGGCUUCAUCAUGGAGUGAGGAUGCUUAAAUGGCACUGUCUGAUUUUUAACACGGGUUUUCAGGGAGAGGGGGGGAAAAAAAAAGAAAAUGAGAUGGAAGACAAACAUCUCCGCGGGACGGAGGCGUUGGCUUUUACAACUUAGAAGACUUUUUUUUUCCCUUUCUUUCUCCCCCCUCAAGAAGAUGCCAUGGUGUUCACGAGACUCUUUAACAGGAAUAUUUUCGUAAGAAACUCAUUGAGGUAUUUUGUACAGUAUGUACUGUCGUUUCGUUUUGUUUGCACUUCCAUACAUUUUGAACAACCUCCAUGAGUCCUGGGAAUGCCUUAUCUCCAGCCGCUGCAGAAUGACUGUCGACUGUGGACUGAAGAAGAGGGUGAUACAAGGAAAGGCAGUGGGUUGGUUUUGGAAUUUUUUUUUUUCUCCAUCUGAAAUCUCCCAGGAUACCAAUCAACUUGACAAUAAGCCUGACUAAUCUCCAAAGAGGCAGUUUCUCUGAACAAACGGUUUUGCACCUCAGUAUGUCCCGUUCUUCAGUGUUUUGACGUUAUUGCUAGGUAUUUUUGUUUUUUUUUUCUCAUUAUUGUCUCGAAUGUUUAUGGAAAUGGGAAGUUGAGACAGGCUUCUGCAGCUUCAUUAGGCAGUAACAAAUUCCUAAACCCACUAAAAGUCAAACAGCCAAACAAGUUUUUUUUUUUUUUUUGAGAGUAAUGUUUGGCAUUCUCAGGUCUCACCGAUAAGCCUGUCAACAAUCAGAAAUCUCUCCCAAGAGGUGCUCCAAUCACUUAACAGUCUAAAUGUCUAAAUGGUCAACAGGUCAAUCAUCUCCAUGUCAGUCUAAAGAUUGCAGUGCCUAUUACGAUACACCUGAUCUUACCUUAAAAUAUCCAAGGAGCAUAGCAGAAAGGUAUUAUGAAACCAUGAAAUGCUUCAGAAGCCUACAGGCUUCCUCAACUGUUCAGUGAAGGUUUUAUUAGUUGAUUUAAUGCCUAGAACUUCUUAGGCACUGGACUGCAAGGUUAUCUCUAUGACACCAUGAAAUCCUCAUUAUCGGCGCCACAGGUGUUCGUGUUGGCCUUUUAUUCAUUGUUAGUUUUUCUACUGAAAGCUUUUUUUGUACCACUCAAAGUGUGGUUUUCUUCAUUGGCUGUUGAAGAUAAUUCUGGCCACUUGUUUUCCUGGCCCCAGAGCAAUACUGUGUCUGUGAAGUGACUGCAUUUCUUCUCUCAGGAUACUUGGGUGUUUUUGAUUUCUGUAAUUUCAAGUUGUAUUUGUGCUUUUGUCUUUUUAUACCUUUUCAGGUGACCUGUUGCAGUGGUGUAAUUUUUUUGUAUGACCACUACUUUUGCCUUUUUUUAAUAUGAGAUACAGAAGGUCUUCUGUAAAUUGUUCGUAAGACUGUAUCAUGGUGAAAUAAUGUCAUGUUUGAAGACACUGUUGGAUUCUUAAUGCUGUUUUCUUAUACUUAAGUUUUUUUUUUUGUGUGUGUGUGUUUCUUUUGUCCGUUUUGAAGGAGUGGUGUAUAUUUAGUGAGACUUGGUUUCCCAUUUCCAACAUUAAGGCGUUUUAUUCUUGUGUUACAUAUAGAAAUAAUGGAUACCUUUAGGACAGAAAUCCAUUUAUAGUUGUACAUAUGAUAUGAAGGAACUACAUUUUCAGAAAGUUUAAGAAGAGCACUAUAGUGUUAAUAUGUUUAAAACAUUAGGAUAGAUCCCACAGUUUAGCAAUUACAGAGACUGCUUUGUAAAAAUUGCUGAUAAUCAGUUAGUGUUAAUAUCCAGUCAGAAGUUGCCUUAUUGAUUUGCUCACCUGGGUGGUUGAUUAAAAAUAAUGACUUGGAUUGACUGUAGCCUUAACAUAGGUACAAAGGUAUGGUACAAAACUUCAGUUCUCGUUACUAAACUGUCUUGCCAGCUGUGAGUCUGUGGGGCACAGGCUACUUUUUCAAGCAUGUUGAAUGUCAUAUGAAGUGCUGAAAGUUUGUUUCCUGCAGAUCGUGAACGCUGAGCCAGUGCCUGUAGCCCUCAAGGCUCAUCGCUACCUUACUCUACCUUACUCACCCAGUCUCCAUUCAUAUAUGUACACUCCUGAUGUUGAUUUGUUGUUUUGUAAUUUGUUUAAUAAAUUUGUAAUUUAUUUUUUUUCCUUUCAUAUUUAUUUUUUUGUAUAUUGGUCCAUUGCUACUGUAUAUUCAUGCGUGCAAUUUCUUUUUUUUUUUCCUGCCACUUUUUUUGUUUUUAUCCUGGAUGUGUAUAUGUUGCAUUUUUUUGUUUUUGUUCAUACUUGGCUUAACAAAGUAAGCUGUUAGCCAUGUUAGUUUGGUUCGUCUUUUGGUAGUAAUAAUUGCCUGAAUUAGCAUUUAGUAUUCAUUUAAGUCUCCAAAAGUAAACCAAUGGAAGGAAUGGAUGUAUUGGUUGGUAGAGUCCUAAAUGUCUGUAUCCAGAAGAUAGAGGAGCUUAUGAGUUAUGAAGGGAGAAUCUUUUGUUCAGUCUUGCUCUUGAAUAGCUACGUUGUCCUUUUGCUUACAGACCAUACAGUAAGCACAAAGCAUCUUGUUUUAGAAGUGCUGCUCCUGUAACUGUUUCUGCUCAGUUUCAGUGAGGAGGAGUCGAUCCUGGAUCAAGAGCCCAGCUCUGAGAUGCUUUGUAAAUGCUAGCAUUAAUUUUGUUAGAUUUUACACUAAAAUAAAGGUCCCAGAAUGGGUUCUUUGGCCCUUUUGAGAACCACUUUUGGCUGUCUAAACAACUUUUUGGCCAGUGAAAAAACACUUUCGGUUGCCUAAAGGAACAUUUUGGCCAUAGCAGAACUACAUUUGGUUCCCCAAAAAACUUUUUAAUAGACAGUGUUUUUUUUUUUUUUGUUUUUUUUUAAAUCGGUGGUUCUCAAACUUGCCCUGUUGGACACCUCUAUUCCUGUGUGUUAGGUUGGAGCAAAAAUCUGGACCACCUGGGGAUUCCUGAGGACCAGUUUGAGAACCACUGUAUUAGAAAAACUGAAACCACUCUUCUGAAAGUUUUCUAUAUGCAAAACAAAAGUGGUUCUUCUAUGGCAUUAUUCCAAAGAACCCUUUUUGACACCUUAUUUUUACAUUUACUACAUCAGAGAGAAGAAAUAAAUCAAGGACAAUGUUGUCUUUUGAGAUCAAGUGGCCCUACACUAUAGCAGUGAUACUUAAGAUCAACACUUUGCCUACACUCACUAUUUUGUUCUGGAUAGAAAACCUUUAAUCAUCCUGGUAUACUUUAUUAUUGGGCACCAUACAAAUUCCCUGAGAAAAAUGAUCAUCAGGUUUUGUUGAAAGAAUAAAACCAUGGCUAACAGUGAAUGAAAGAUACUGGAGAAAAGUUAGCAUGACCUCAUUUGUAUAACGUUAACUGGCCCCUACCAGCUUUCAUCAUUUUGGCAAUGGUAUGUUUAAGGUGAAGCUUUCCUCUAAAUGAUGUCUAUUUCUUAAUCCCUGAUCAGGAAAUCAGGGUAGGGAAGAUGUAUAGACACACUGGGCCAUGUUAAUGGAAUGGAUUCUUCUUCACUUUGUCCAUUAUUUUCUCAAUUUGCAUGCACUGGAAAGUACUCUUUUAUUUGUUGAAUCUCAACUGUCCUUUGAUUUUCCAGUCUUCUUUCCUGGCAUGGUUUUUCGAAUGUUCUUCAGGUGCCAGGCACAACUACCCAAGUGUAUGUUUUACUCCUAGGAUUGCAAGCACACCAAGGUGCCCAGUAUUAGUUUGAGAGAAAGAUUUGUACAGAGGAAGUGCUGGGGGGGCUGGGAUUCACGCGUCAAUUUCAAAGAGAAAUAUUAGGUUGAAACCUGAUAGUGGAGUCUAUCUGUGAUGGAAACCACCAGUGUCUUGAAAAGUAAUUAAGUCCAACAUUAGUUUCAAGUAGGUGAUACUGUUUGGUUAUUAAAUGUCAGAGCAUAUAUUGCUCAUAUGUUUUCUCAGAUUUUAAAAAAAUGCAGUUUGAACUUUUUUCUUUUUGCAAUUUUUAAUUUUGUUUAAACCUAUGAAUCGGUUUUAAAGUGUUUUAGACUGUAUGACAAGUCAAAUGAGAUCAAAGGGCUUUCUUAAGAUAAAACAUUGCUUAUCUUUCUUUAAUGUUUAUCAGGUAGAACCAAAAGAAUGAUGAGUUUUUUUAUCAAUUGGCAUUUGUAAUGAAAUGGAUACUGUACUUUUUUAAUCUGCAGAAACUCACAAUUAUCAGUUACAUUUUUGAGAUUCUAAAAAGCCUUUAAGUUCAUUCAGAUUCAACAAAAGUCUUGAGGCUCACACAUUCUCUGUAUACCAAGAAAUGAGACCCAGCGAAAAUGUAGCAUUUUUGUAAACAUUGACUGUGUGUCUUCGAGACUGUACUGUGCACUCCUUAACUUUGUUUUGUUUUUUGUUUUUUGUUAUCUUUUUAUGUUGAUACAGUAUGGAAGUUUUAGACAAUUUGUUAUAUAGUGCAAUAUGCUGUAUAUAAGAGCUUUGCUCUACAAAACUGAUUUCUGAUGUUUUUUUCCAUUGGUACAUUUUUUUCAUUAAAAUUGUAUUAAAGCCUGAAA